AUGGGCGGAAAGGAAAACCCCACCUCCUCCCACUCCUCCUCCCGGCCACCCACCGGGGUCCAGUUGCAUUCGGCACCCACUGACCCAGGAACCCACAGCACAGAUGGGCCUCCAGAGAUGAGGGAUCCUGGUGUGCCUGGCUACGAGGAGAACAGGCUCACCAGCUGCUGGACUUUCCCGUGGACCAGACAGAGCGGCCAACACGCAGGAAACCGCCUAUCUGGGGGGUCAAGUGCGCUUCCGCUGGUGAUGCCAAGCAGUUGGGCCCUCCAGUGGCUUGAUCCAGUAUGGCAGGUCCAAGAUAUCAAUAGCGGGGAGACGUCUUUGGGGAACUUUUUGAACAUGAGCGAAUGCGGCUGCAGUCUUUGCGAGAUUCAGGUCUGGCAAUGGUACGGAGUAUCUUGGACGUUGGGCCCUUUGCAAAUCCACCCCCCGUCGCAAUCGCGAUGGCUUCAUCGUGGUGCGACACACCAGCCUACAGAAGGAGGAGCAGCCCGUGUCUCACUCGCUUUGGUCGAUCGAGUCUCUGAUCAAUAG